AUUUUGACAGCAUGGCCACGACUGCAGAUGGCUGCAUUCAAUUCACACGCCAUGCAGGCGACGUCCUGCUCAACUUCAACCGCCUCCGCAGCAGGAACAUCCUGACUGAUGUUACCAUACAGGUGGAUGGACAGCAUUUUCAUGCUCACAAGGCCAUCUUGGUGGCCUGCAGUGGCUUCUUUUAUUCUGUCUUCAUGGACCCAAAGAACGCAAACCUUAGUGCCAUCAGCUUAGAACCCAAAGUGGACCCCAAGGGUUUUGCCAUCCUGUUGGACUUUAUGUACACAUCCUGCCUGAACCUUAAUGAUAGGCUGGUCCUGGCCACCAUGAACACAGCCAUCUACCUCCAGAUGGAGCAUGUGGCAGACACCUGCCACAGGUUCAUCAAGUCCAGGCAUCAGUCUCUGAAUAUGCAGACUGAAGAGGUACACUCAUUACAUCUGGCUGAGGAGAUCCCUGCCUUGAGGUCUGUUGAUGAUAAAGAUUCAGACCUAAGAAACAACCAUACAUCAACCUCAUCCCCUCUCCAGGAGUGCAGGGGCUACGUCCCAAAUGUUUUCAGGGGGAUUAACACCUCUGGCUCCUAUCACGUCUAUGGUGACCUCCAUGUCCCUGCUGGGAAGUUGGAAAGUUCCCAUAAGGUCAGCAACCUUCCCAGUGGAGGGGCUUUGUCCCAGACAAGAUGGUCGCAGUCCAAUGAGUCCACUACCAUUAUCUCCCGCCCCAGUUUCCCCACCAGUAUCAUCCGACAGGCAGGAACCCACGGGAGCCUUCAAAGGCCUGCCACUCCCAUGGAGGAAGACAGCAUUCAGCAUCCACAGACCAGCUGUCUAAGAUUGUCUCCAGGUUUUAUCAAGGGUGUGAUUUGUAGCCCUCAAAGCCCCCUCAGAUCUGACUGCCAACCCAACUCGCCCACCGAGUCCAACAGCAGCAGAAACGCUACACUGAGCUUCAAACAGUCCUCAGACUGCCCCAAAGACACCAAGGCCCGCAACUGGAAGAAGUACAAGUUGAUUGUGUUGAACCAAACUCCUGAUGACAAUGAAAAGGAGGCUCAGGGAGGCAGCGCUGAAGCUACAGCCAUGUCCCCUACGCUGAGCCCAUGCAGGAGCGUUGCAGCAGGUGGACACAAUGAGGUCCAGGCAGAGGAGGGAGCCAGCGAGCACAGCCUCAUGUCUCAGAGCGCCGACAGCUGCAGCAGCAGCAGCAGCACCUGUAGCAGCAUCAGCCACCUCAGAUGCUCCUCCUGUGGCUGUGACAGCCCUCGGUGCAUGGAAAUGGGCCACCUUUCUCCUGACUUAUACAGCAGAGAUGACACCACCAAACUACACUCAGAGUAUUCCCCCUCCAGCUGUGAAAACACCACCUUCUUCUGCAAUGGAUGUGACUCCAAGUUCACAGAGGAAGACUCCCUGAGAGACCACCUGGUCCAGGUCCACAGUGACAAGCCAUACAAGUGUGACUGCUGCCAGGCUGCCUUCCGCUACAAGGGCAACCUGGCCAGCCACAAGACCGUUCACACCGGUGCGAAACCCUACCAGUGCAGCAUCUGUGGUGCUCAGUUCAACCGACCGGCCAACCUCAAGACCCACACCCGCAUCCACUCUGGAGAGAAGCCAUACAAGUGUGAGACAUGCGGUUCCAGAUUUGUCCAGGUGGCCCAUCUUCGUGCCCACGUGUUAAUUCACACGGGAGAGAAGCCAUACCCUUGUGAGAUCUGUGGAACACACUUCCGCCACCUUCAGACGCUCAAGAGCCACAUGCGCAUUCAUACCGGAGAGAAGCCUUAUCAUUGUGAAAAAUGUGACCUUCACUUCAGACACAAGAGUCAGCUGAGGCUUCACCUCAGACAGAAACAUGGUGCGGUCACUAACACCAAGGCUCAGUAUCGCAGGACUCCCAGCAACAUCAUCACAGGACUGGUGAACUCCUGCUGAGCCUGCUGCAUUCUUUAGUUUUUCUUGUGCACCGGCCGCCAUGUUGUCAAAAGAUUUUUCACAAACAAAAACAUAAAUAUUAUAUAUAUGCCCUUUAUGCAUUUAUAUAUGAUGCACAUUACUUUAUGUAAGCUCUUUGGUAUUUCAAAGAUUGUAGAAGUUUAUGCUUUUGUUGUGAAUGUGAAUUUUGAAUGUGAAUUUGAGCAGGUAACCAAACUGAAUGUCAGCGUUGAAGGACAGCUACAGUUACAGUUGUGCUUUUGGUACUGGUGUGAAUUUUCCCAGUAAUGUGGUCACAGUUUAUGUAGUUAUUUUUCAUUAGGCUGUUUUUGUAAAUAAGAUAAUAUAUAUUUUGAGAUUGCCAUCUGCUGGCAGAGUACGAAUAUAUUUACGUUAAGAUCAUUUUUCUUAAGUGCAGUGAUCUUCACUGACUGUCAAUAAAACAAAGGCUUGUUAUUUAGCCAUUUCAUAUUUUGUGGUACGCAUUGUAAUAUGUUCAGAUUGUCGUUCAUUUAAAAAUUGUAAUGUACAUAUUUUCUAUCCUAUUCUAGGCUCCUGUUGGUAUUUUGCACAUGCUCAUGAUGCUGUAAUUCAUAUAUUUUCAUUCAAAUAUUUCUACUUAAAAUGUUGUUGACAUGUCAAAAAAAUUGUUAGACCCCAUGUGCAGCACUUACUAUCUACCUAUUUAUGUUCUACGUUUUCUUGGCUGCAUUGUAUUACAUUUUGGUGCUGCAAUGAUCCAUUUUCCCCACCAGGAUCGUGAUUGUAUUUUAUUGAACCUUAUGUAUUACAGUGCACUCGUACGAACCAG